AUGGCCAGCUCCUGCUCACCGAAGCUGUCGCUUGAAAGCACGGGCUCCGAGCAGACGUCGCCGGAUGAUCGGAGGGAGGAUGCAGAGCUCCAGGCUGCACUCCAGCAGGUCAGUCUGGAUGGAAGCUCGGACUGCCAGGAGUUCAGGCCCAAUCCGCGGCUUGCCCACCUUUGCACCGAGUGCUUCAAAUCACUGAACCAUCAUGCGGCCUCAUCCAUUACCAGCGCGAAGCACAUCGCAGCAGCAGUGGAGACGAGCAGCGCAGGCAAGAAGGCCGCUACCCGCGUACUGGAGAUCUCAGGCGGAGCUGCGAUCUAUUUGGGUGGCGUCGGUGCCGUGAUGAACUCGGCAUUUCUGGAGAAAGAGAACAUCCGGGGUGUUGUGUCAUGCGCACGCGACUUGCACGUGCUCUGGCCGAAGUUCAGCAAAGCUGUCGCGGAUGCCGAAGCACGAGGAGUGCGUUUCCACCUCGUUCCUCUGCUCGAUGAGCCGCAACAGAAACUGGAGAUCGAAGAGCUCCGAUGUGCCACGAAGUUUCUGCACCAGAUUGUCGCUGAAGGCGGAAAUGCUUUGGUCCACUGUGCACAAGGCUCUACCGGCAUGCGGACAGCUUACCGGGCACCUUUCGCUGACAACAUCCACGGCACGAUGGAUUUCUAG